CAAACCAAACCGGUCAACCGUCAUCAUCAUCAGUUCAUCACAUCUGCAACGCGGGGAAGAAACCGAAGGCAAAUAUUUGCACUUUAGCCCCUAAAAGUACCUUGGGUGUGGCGGAAAGGCCCCCCUCGCCUCGCAGCGUUGAGAUCCAUCCAGGGGUUCGCCGCCAUGGGGACGGCGACGAUGGCCACGGCGUUGGGCGCGGCCAUGUUGCUCUACUUCGUGCUGAGCCGCCGGCUGGCGCAGCAUGAGGACUCCGCCGGCAGCCCGGGCGGGGGCGCGGGCGGAGGGGGGAAGCGGCGGAGGGGGCGUGCGGUCCGGCGCCCGGCGCAGCCGCCUGCGACGUGGAUCGAGGCGGUGGGAACGCUCGCCGAGACGCUGCGAUUCACCUACGCGGAGACGCUCGGGAAGUGGCCAAUCGGGGACCUCGCCUUCGGGAUCAAGUACCUCAUGCGACGCCAGGGCAAUUUACAUGUGGCCAGUGUAUAUGCUGGAAGUGAUUGCAUUGAACUUAAAGGACCUGAAGUCAUGGAAGAGUUGAUUAUUCUGCGACGUUUAAUUGACUUGUGUUUUCUUUUCUCUAAGAAGUCAUUCCCACUCUUCUUGGAAUUAGCUGGAUUUUCCCAAGAGGAUGUUUUCAUUGAGGAACCUAAGGCGGGGAUUUUAAAGCCUGCUCAUACAAUUCUACGUGAUGAGUGCACCAAAUCCUUUCUUGUUUUGAUUCGAGGCACCCAUAGCAUGAAAGACACAUUGACUGCUGCUAGUGGUGCUGUAGUACCAUUUCACCACUCAUUAUUAGACGAAGGUGGUGUCAGCAAGUUAGUCUUAGGGUAUGCACACUGUGGAAUGGUUGCUGCAGCGCGCUGGAUUGCAAGAGGUAUAACACCAUGCCUCCUUCAAGCACUCAGUCAAUGCCCAGAGUACCAAAUAAAGAUUGUUGGCCAUUCAUUGGGUGGUGGCACUGCUGCAUUACUGACCUACAUCCUGAGAGAACACACCGAGUUCUCCACAACAACUUGUGUUGCAUUUGCGCCUGCUUCAUGCAUGACAUGGGAGUUAGCAGAAUCAGGCAAGCACUUUGUAACGACUAUUGUCAAUGGUGCUGAUCUGGUUCCUACAGUAUCUACUACAUCUAUUGAUGAUCUUCGUUCUGAGGUAACAGCAUCUUCAUGGUUGAAUGAUCUGAGGGAUCAAAUACAGCAGACACGCUUCCUAAAUGUCGUUUACCGGUCUGCUACUGCUUUAGGAACUCGUCUGCAAUCUUUCUCUGGUGCUAGAGCCAGGGUCGCUGGUGCUGGGGCACUGCUUCGACCUGUUUCAAGCAAAACCCUGGUUGUGAUGAAACAAGCACAGACUGUUGCACAGGCUGUUGCUAGAAGUCGGUCAGCACUGUCUUCAUGGUCAUGCAUGGGUGCACGCCGACGAGCUGUUAGUGUAGUAGCUGCAAGUCCCAAGGAUGAAAUGACUGCAGAAACUCAUGUUACAAGUACAGUGGAUUCAGAGUCUUUUGUUGUAGAACAACAUGGCACCGAGGUCGUGGAGGAGCUGCAGUAUAGUGCAACUAGUAUUUCAGUUCAUGAGGAAACAGAAGAAGAGGCUCUUCUGAGUGACCAUGAAACCUCUAGGGAGCAUACGGAAGAAGAAAUAACCGAAGGCGAGUUGUGGUUUGAGUUUGAGAAGGACCGGGAUCGGCUGGCUGAAGUGGAAGCACAGACCCGGGAGGAAGAGGCAGCUGCUGCCAAGGAAAUAAUGGAGGAGGAAUGUGCUGUCCUAAUGAAUGUAGAGGAUAGGCAGUCGUUCUCAUCAGAUAGCUUGGAGAGGCAGCAAUUCUACCCCCCUGGUAGAAUCAUGCACAUGGUUGCGAUGCCUCCUCCCGAUGCUGGUCCGGAUGAUCCUGUUGUGGCUGACGAGUGCACUGUUGGAAUAUACGAAACACCGAGACAUCUCUACAGCAAGAUCCGACUGUCUAAUACCAUGAUCAAUGACCAUUAUAUGCCAAUGUACAAGAAAAUUAUGGAAAUAUUGAUUGAGAAGUUUGCAAACAAUGAUGACAACUUGUGUGCAGAUUCUACAGUAGAAUAGCUGGGUUGACUUAUACAUCAAGUGUAAAAUAGUUUCCUUUUCUGUUUAGCUGCCGUUAGCGAUUAUUUGGCAGUGCAAAUAUACAACAGAUAAGAUGUCCUGAUCCGUGCAAAUAGAUUUUAGUUAGGGUUGUGUGAGUGGAUAUGCAAAUUGUAAAGGAAUAUGAUAUUAGUCAUUUGACAUCCUA